ACAUACGCACGCCGAUGACAGAUCAUUCAGUGACAGAAAACCGGCCAAGAAAUGGUAAAAACGAAGGGCGUGAGCAACAAAAUUUUUUACUUUGCUGCAAUUCUGCUGCAAAGUUUUUGCCAUGGAAUCGCCAUUGCAAUUCCGUUUGUCGUCUGUUGGUAUUGCUUCAGUGACUACUCCCUCUUCUCAUUUCACCCGUCGUUUUUCUCCAUUGGGUUCCUCCUGCUCUUCACGGAGGGAUUCUUGCUCUUCCUGCCAGAUAACGUGCUGACGAAGACCUUGGCGCGGCAGACGACCGGCAAGAUCCACGGCGCCCUGCAGGCGUUGGGCUUCGCGUUCUCGGUCGCCGGCUUCGUCAUCAUCGUGGUGUACAAGUUCAACAACAACUUCCAGCACAUCCGGUCGGCGCACUCGAUCACGGGCCUGGUGGCGUUCAUCCUGACCUGCCUGGCCUUCUGCGGCGGCGUGGCCACCAGGCUGAAGGUGCCGCACCUGGCCAGACUCAAGGUCGGACACAACGCCCUCGGGCUCGUCGCCUACGCUGUCGGCAUUUCAGCCCUGUGCCUCGGGCUGCUCGCAAAGUUCCCCGAUUACGUUGGCGACGGCUGGGUCACCUGCAUGGUGGUGCUGACCGCCGUCACAGGCGCCACCAUAGUUUCAAACGCUCUCUUCUCGCUGUUCAAACGCGUCAAAAACUUGUGACUCACAGACUUUUAUAAUGACAAACUGUAAUAAAAGAUAAGUAUUUAUGACUCAAAUAAACUCGUAAAAGAGUUAUUU